GCAAAGUGGAAUUAAAUUGAAUUGAAUUAAUACAAAGGCGCAACCAACGCGUUUAUUUGAUCGGUACUGGUGGGAAACAAACGAGGGAUCCUGCGAAAUUUUCUCAAUUUCUAGUUGCUUCUCAAAUUUCUAGUCUCUUUGCAAGACAAGUCUCCCGACUUCUCCCUGUCACACACUAACUCGCACCGCAUUCACCCACUUUUUACAUCUUUCCGCCGGGCAAAGGCUCGGUUACCUAGUCUAGUGUGCAGCAGUUUCCGUAUCGCAGCGCUGGGCACAUCUGAGCGCCACCUGUUUGACUGUACGGCUUGGCUCUGUGGGAGAUCUUGGGGGAGAAGCAAAACCCCACGAACGGUCUGCAGCGUGGGCUUCGAUGGUGAAAAAAGAUUGAAAGUGAGAAAAACAGGUACCUCGGAAGAAGCAAAGAGUGAAAGGAAACGGUUCGCUGCCCGCAGGCCCUCUUCGUACACUCUAUUCCGUACCUCAGAUUCCUCUCUGUUCGGCAACGUUUACCACUUACCGCGUACAUCAUCCAUCCACACUUGACCGCUGCUUCCUGCGUCCAAGCAAGGCAUUGGAAAAGCCGCAGAUACGCUGCCACCCAUACCUUUCGAACAACCACCAUAAACCUUGAGCGCUGCCAUUUAUUCGAUUUCAUUCGUUGUGCGUCGUCGAUCUCUUUGCCUUCCAGUGCUGGUCACCUCAGACGCAACCUCCUGACACUCGCGUCCCGCUACUGUUGCUCAGCUGCAAGUCGCCUGCGGUGGCCCACCUUUGGGGGGGCUGGGGACUUGUGGGCUGGGGCUGGACCGACCUACCUUGACGUUGCACCGGUUUCCGCGGCAAGGGCACUUGCUCACCACUUUUCGCUCGUCUCCAGAAUUUCAACCAAUCCAGCUACUCAAGCUCCCAUGUUUGGCGCCGGGUCAAUUCGACAAUACCUCCCUACCCGGCAUCAUUACUAGCCACCCGCGUUUCUUUUUCGCCCUUCUUUCCUUUCUCGCAUCAUCCUAGAGGGGGACAAAAAACAAAAAGGGCUUCCGAAGGGGGAAGAGAAGGAUCCGUACACCACCCGUUCGCAAACCAAGACGUGUCUUAAUCGGCGCGCGACAGGGACGGGUCUUGGGUUGGCAGGCCGGCAUUACGGGGAUCCAAGAAACGCUGGCCCUAGAAAAAAAAAAAGGUAUCCACAAUGGGUGCUGAUUCCAAGAAAAAAGCAGCGCCGCCUCCCCUCCCCGCUCCUACAGAGACCGAUUCAACAACUACCUCACCAACCGAGCUCGACCUGGAAACCGAUCUGGCGACCGAUGUUUCGAGGCCUAUCGAAGCCAAGUCCUCGUACUCGCUCCCAGACGACGGCACUCCCGUCACCAUCAAGACACGCCAGAAGCACAAUCGCUCCCAAACAUCGCUGCUCAUAGAAUAUUUUGAGGGUGGCAAAGGACCUGGCGCCUCGGGCGAAGGGAGCGAGCGCAAACCUAGCGUACGCGUGCGAUUGACUCCGUCAAAGAAUCGCAAGAACGAUCACAUCCAGAUUACCGAGACCCGGAGCCGCAAGGCCUCCCUCACGAGGAAGACGUCGGCAUCGGCAUCGGCUACGCCUACCGGCCCCGUCUUUGAGGGCGAGGGCCUUUCCGUCCUCGAAGGCGACGACGCCCACAGCAUGAACUCGUACGUGUCGGCUACCGAGGAGUCCAAUGUCUCCCACCAGCCAAUUGACAUUGAAAUUGACCGCCGGCGCCGGCGCCCCGCGAGUCCAUUGAUUCCAACCACCGAGAGCAGUAAGGUCUCGUAUCAGCCAGGAAACAUGUCGGAAAUCUCAGCCAUUCCCACAGACAGCUUUUUGGACGGCUCAGGUCCGUCCAGCAAGUCACCCGAGAGGAGGCGAGACAAGAGCCCUUCGCGAGCUGGAAAUGUGAUCGCUGGCGCUACCGCUGGUCUUGCCGCGGCUGCCGCUGCCGACAAGGUACGUAGCGGCCGACAAGACAAGGAGCGCGUGGUUUUGCCAAAGACCAGGGACAGAGACAGAGAGAGAUCCGAGCGAAAGCACAAGAGCAAAAGUCGCACAAGCAGCACGAGCGACAAACAUAGGGACGAAGAGAAGUCCUCCCGGAGAAAAUCUAGCCGCAGCCAUCAAGAAUCUACCGUCUCGGCAGCCGACUCGAGCGUCGUUUCAUCCGGCCUCACCCCUAGUCAUCGGUCUGAUCAAUACUCUGUCCGAUCUGGUACAUCCAAAGCCUCAUCAAUCAACAACCCUAAAUUACUCGAGACCGUCGAAGAUGCAAUUCGUCGUCUAAUCUUACCGGAGCUUAAUGCCUUAAAACGGGAGCAAAGCAGAAAUCAUGGUCGCCGCAGCUCCAUCACCUCAACCAGCGGCACAUCCAUAUCCAGAGAUGACCAAGAGUCUGACAAGCGUAGGUCGGGUGUCAGUGAGCGUUCGAGCAAGCCCAGAGAGCCAAGGGACCGAGAGGCUCGCAACGUGCUCCUCGAAAGCCCCGAAGCGAGUGUUGUUUCACAGGAAUCAAUACACGAAUACAACCGCGACACCGACAGUCCAGGCCAUGGCAAUCUCAAGGCGGCAGCAGCUGGUGCCAUAGUCGGAGGGCUGGGGGCAGCGGCUAUGGGUCACAACGAAGCCAGAGAACAGCGGAAGCGUCGCCGGGCCGAAGCCAAGAAUCGCCCUGCUGACAACUAUUCUGAAGAGUAUGACGACGAAUCAGAAUUCCAGCCGAGGCCGCCAAUGCCGCUUAUGAGUGAGAUCAAUCCCUCUGAGAUUACGCGGACAUCUAUCAUGUCUGCAGAGAGCGACCAUCCACAGUCUGCCCGCGGAGACACUCCCUCAACACACGAAACCACAACUGGAAGGGCUGUGGGUACUUCUACGGAUGACAACCUGACACCGACUAUUGCACCGGCGACACUGGCUGCGCUAGGGGCCCACCAUCAUAAUGUAUCCCACGGUGACCUUAAAGCUCUGCCACGAACCGGCACUGGUGCUACUGCCGAAGAAUUCGAGACUGGGCAAUAUGCCAGCAACGACGAUCGGAGACUUCAGGAUGAGUACGACGAUUACGAUGAUGUGGAUGACGACCAAUACUCGUAUGAUGGGCCAGCUGGGUUCUACUACAACCAGCAGGAUGUUCCUGCUCCUCUCAGGUACGAGCCAUAUGGACUGGAGCGUCGAGGCUUGAGCCCUAUACCAAGCGUUUCUGGAUACACCGAGGGUGGAAGCGAGGUGCAGCAGAAUCGCGACUCGAGAGUUACGCAGAGGACGAGCGGAUCAUUCUCACCCAUGAAGUCUCCUCAUUACCAUACUCCCGGUACACCUGGCUCCAUACCAAGCAAUGUCAUGAGCCGGGAUUACGACCACGACGAGCGUAGUCUUAGAAGUUCUGGAUAUGACUACAGAAAUGCGACCGAGAGCGAGAUCGAAGGAACGUCCCCAGGCCAGGCCGUCCGGGGAAUCGGAGCUAAUCCAAACUUUGUACACAUCCCCAUGGGUGUAGAGUCGGCCGUUGCCUCACUUAUUGAUGGCUCUAUGCUCGACGGCUCGACUAUGACCGAUUCUGCCCGUGGAAGCGGUGGCUACGGUGCCCAGAACUCGAUGCGAGGCUUUGAUGAACAAGGAUCUCGGGACCCCUCCCGCCAGCACUCUGGGGAUCCGAUGCUUGCAAAGGGUGGCCCAGUGCGUUCGCCACCCUCGCCAGAUGCCACAAACUCGCAUGCAUCUGAUUUCUCGCGCGAUCGCAGCCAGCCUCGAUCCGCAUUUGCCGGCGAGUAUGAGCUCGACCAAUAUGGUCGCAAGGUUCUUGCAUCCCAGUCCCAGUCAUCUGGACGCCACUCUCCAACCGCUUCGGAGGCUGCAAUCACCGGGGCUGCCGUUGCGGCGGCGUCCAAGGCCCUGCGCGCUAGGGAGCGCGAUAUGAGGACUGUUGAUGAAGAUAUAGACAGAGGCUACACUGGAUCUCCCGGGAACAUCCCCCAGCGCAACAAGUCGUUUAAAGAACGAACUUUGGAUGGCCAUCAGCCGGCAAACACUCCAAUGCAUAGUGUCGACCGCCUGGAUGAGUACGACCGACCGAGAAUGGGUGCCAGUGGCAUCCCAGAUGCGGAAGACCCUCUCCCAGAGGUUGGCUUCUACGAACAGUCAAAUCCUUCAGUCGUCGAAGGUCGUCUCGAUGGCUCGCGGCGGAGCAGCCAGGACUGGUCAGGCCAGAGGACCCCGACUCAGCUGGUCCCUGACAGGAACCAGGACGAUAACUCUAGUCUCCAAGAGACACCCAAGCGUAACGGUAAUGGUCUUGGGACUGCAGCUGGCGUUGCGGCUGGUGCUGCUGCCAUUGCGACCGCGGCUGCUUUGGCAUCGUCGCACAACCGCCAGCCGAGCCAAGAGCACGAAGAUUGGCAACGGAACUCUGACGACCGCAAGAGAGACACUCUUGUCACGAACCCCUUCGAGGGCAACAGCCCUCAUGUCAACCUUCCAGGCCUUGGUGACAACGUCAUGAGUGGGAGCGCGCCGGUGUACCAGAACCCAGGCUUUGGUACGGACUUUGGAACUCGCAGCCCCCUGCACAAUAAAGUCGAUGAGGGCUACAUCUCACAGGGUGCCAACAGGACACCUGACCAUGUCAGGAGUAAGGGCAAGGGAGUUGAGUUUUCUCAACCCGUCAACGCAUCCAACAUGGACGAUCCGUUCUAUACUCCAAAGGGAGGAAGGCACCUCAGUGGCAUGUCGCAAGGAUUGGGCUCACCGCUGUUUGAUCCCUCCACUGGUGCCGGAAUUGACCGCAUAGAGUCGCAGGAUAUUGUCGCCCUGAUGCAACAUCUCAUGGUCAGGGAUGCUCAGCGAAGCGCUCGGGACACAGAAAUCCUCAUGACCCUUGUCCGGUCCGCGGCCGAGAUGCGCGAGUCGUUUGAGAAGAUCAAGCACAUGAUUGCGGACUCGGAAGACGUAAUCAUCCGCGAGGUCGAAGAGAACACUGAGAAGACGGUACACCGUCAUCUCGGUGGCCCGAGGCCAUUCCCCGGCAGCGCCAGUGGAGCUCGGUCUCCCAUGCAGACCGCUGGCGGUUCACAAGCAGGGACUGAAGAACUACGCACCAAGAAACAAAACCUUUUCCGCAGAGCUCUGAAAGGCCUGAGCACCAAGGGCAACAACGAUCUUGGUAGGAUCGAGGAUAUGCUCAUGCAACUCCUCACUGAGGUCGACACCUUGAAGACGCAGACUGCCAUCCGUAGCGGAAGUGCGGGUGCAGGAGGAUAUACCCCUACUGGCGCCGACGUACAGUCUUUCGACAACCUGCAGCCUGCCGUCCAGUACGAGCAAGACCGUGGCUACGAACCCGAAGGCCAUGCAGGUACCUCUACUGCCAGCCAUGCAAGCCAGUCGGGUCAUCUUUCGAUCCCGCAAAACCGAGGGGGGUCAACAAAGCUUGGCUACGACCGCAAGUUUUCCGACCACCGUAUCAGCACGGUCCCAGAGGCGAACGAGGAAGACUUUGAACGUCGCACACCCGAGCGCGGAUACCAGCUCCAGGAACAGUAUGCCAAUCCGGAUCUGGCUAAUAUCGCGCGGUCCCGAAACGUUUCAGGCGGAAGCAUGUCUAUUUCGACCCCGCCGCUCCCUGCUCCGGCGCAGGGUUCUAUGAGCAACGAGAACACUCCUCAGGACAAGAGCAAAAAGCACAAGUCAUCGGGCUCAUCCAACUGGUUCCCAAAAAUUUCUCGUUGGUCAGAGACGACCACCUCGAGCGUAGGCAGGGUCUUCCGUAGCAGCAAAGACUCAAAGAAAGACGCCGAUUGGAGCUACGACGGCGACCCACACGUUGAUCCAUACGGCGAUGACAAGCUUCACACGGGCUUCUCACAGGAUGCUCUUCCUGAGCCCGAAGACCCCAAGUACAAGGCUCACCGUGACUCGCUGAACCUACAGCACCCCCGGCCUCGACAGCAAGCUCACAAGGUCGCCAUAGAGACCCAAGCCGAAGACUAUGGCGUACCUAGGUCGCCAAAUUCAGCCAAUUGGGCGGACUCUGCCACAAGCUUGAACCGCCUCCAGGGCCAGGCUGCCAACAUGCGACCGCAUCGCUAUAGCGAUAUGUCAGCUUCGGCCCAUCAGGAGCACCAGCCGCAGUUCUGGGGCUCUUCGCCGGUUCCGGCCGCACUCUCGCCGUCAGGACCCCCUCGUCCGCCCAAGGAGCCGCUGGACGGCCAAUCGACACCACAAAGGUCCAACCGUAUUUCAAAGUUGCAGAAGGGUAGCCCGAGCCCGCUCCCGUUCCAUAGUGUUGAGAGUGGCUAUGGCACCGCUACGCAUGCCAGCUACAACGAGAGCCCGCGCUUGGAGAACAGGAACCUGAGCGGCGCACUUGGUGGCGUACCAACCCGACGGCCUAGCGGGCCCAGGGCCAUGACACCCAAGAGUGAGGACGACAGGCGCCGGAAGCGAGACACCUUUGGGUCGAUGGCCUCUCAAGAAUCGGAGACCUUUUAAAUGUGUCAAAGGAAAAAAAAAGAAGAGAUGAAAAAAAAAAAAAAAAAAAAAAUCAAAGCUACUCAUCCCACACCUCCAGGUGGACAUAGUCCCUGGAUGCAUAUAUUUGCAAUGAAACCAAAGACGCAAAGGCCAU